GGUUCGAGUACAUAUGACGUGCUUUGACCGAAUGACUCACAGAGCUAUACCAACCAUGGCACAACACCAUUACCAUCUCUCCUCGUACAACAUCCAGCAAGCCAUCAAGCUUCUCAAUCAGGCCCAAAUCAAUCCAAAUAAUGGAACCCCCAAAAUCCCUCCUGGAAACCCUCAAAGCAACGCAACCAGCCCAACUGCACCUCCUGCAAUCCUUCGUCCGCGCUCCAUCCCCCAACCCCCCAGGAAGCACCUCAGCCGCAGCCGCCGUCUUGACAGCAUACCUCUCAGAAAACAACAUUCCCUACGAAAUCAUCGCACCGCAACCCGGGUGCCCCAACAUCGUCAGCGAAUUCGCCGGCGGAAAGGGACCCGGGCCCCGCGUCGUCUUGAACGGGCACAUCGAUGCGUUCCCCGUCGGUCCUAACACAGACGGAUGGGAUAGGGAUCCCUACUCCGGCGACGUCGUCGACGGACGAGUCCAUGGGCGCGGGGUGGUUGAUAUGAAGUCUGGAACGGCAUCGCUGGUUAUCGCGUACGCGGCGUUGUAUGAGCGGAGGGAGGAGCUUAGGGGGAGUGUUGCACUAUGUGCGGUGUCUGAUGAGGAGACGGGCGGGCGAUGGGGAACGCAGUAUCUCAUCAAGCGCGAUCGAGCGAGGUGGGGAGGGGAUGUGAUGCUUAGUUCGGAGCCGAGUGGGAUGACGAUUCGGUUCUCGGAGAAGGGGACGUUGAGGAUUACGGGCGUGGUGAGAACGAGGGGGGCGCAUGGGGCGUAUUUGAAUCUGAGUAAGGGGGCUAUCCGGACUGCGAGUGCGUGCUUUGCGGAGGUUAUCGAGGCAGUCGAGUCGAUGCAUGUCAACGCACCGCCUGAGAUCGCCGUCCACCUGAACAACCCCGAGACACUGGCUGCUAUUGACCGAGCAAUGGGCCCUGGUACCUCCACCAUCAUCGCAAAACCAACAGUCAACAUCGGCACGAUCAAAGGCGGCACAAAAGUAAACAUGAUCCCCGACACAUGCGAGUUUGAGCUGGACAUCCGGCUUCCCGUCGGAUUGACAGCCGAAGACGUUCUCUCUGUUCUCGAAAGCAUAGGGCAACGAUAUGCAGACGAGGAGGGUGCAACGAUUACGCUCAAGAAGCAAGAAGCGGCGAGUAACCCCAGCAGCUUCUCACCACUGGAUCACGCAAUGGUCGAGUGUCUGAAGAACGGCGCUACUCACGCUGGUGGGCCUCGGCCUGUGGCGACGCCGUCCAUGGGGGCGACUGAUUGUAAGCAUUAUCGAUAUGCGGGGAUACCGGCCUAUGUGUAUGGAUGUAGUCCGUUGACGAUGGCGUCGGUAAAUGAGUCGGCGUCUGUUGAGGAGUUUUAUCAUGUUACGAGGACGCAUGCGUUGGCUGCAUGGGAGUUUCUUAGUAGCUAG